UCAGCAGGCGUGUAUUGUCAAAGAGUUGUCCAACGAUUUUCUGCGAUUGCCUGGAAGAUUCUCCAAAAAUCUCGACAAAAACUCAUCACCUAACGCAUCGACGAUGUCGAUUUGCCAGACUCCUGUGAAAAGUGUCGAGGGGAAUUACUACGGAUGUUUACACAAGCCGAGUUAAAAAUUAUUCAAACACAGUGUUGAUUAAGUGUCCAUUGCGCGUUUGGAAAGGAGUGAAUAAUUCAUCUACGUUAUAAAAAAAAUAAAACAACGACCGACAGGAUGCAACAGGAGGGAAAACCAAAGUUCCUGAAGUAUCAUCAGGGCAGCGUGAGGAGUGUCGCAUUCAGUCCAAGGGAGCGAUAUUUAUUUUGCUCCGGUGGCUACGAUGGAAAAAUUAUUUUCUACUCUGCCCUGCGGAUGGAGUCACUCAGGAACUACCAGAUAACACCUCAUUAUAUCACCCAGGCGAAGAAUGUUAAUGCCGUUAAAUUCACCUCCGACGGAUCCAAAGUCACAGCAGUUACCAAUGCACGUAGAUUAGUGGUGAUUGACGUGGAGAAAGGGGCACAACUAUCGAGUUACGACAAUUGUGCUUGGGGGGGAAAAGAUCGCACUGGAUUGGCGACUGAUCCUGCCAAACCGAAUAUAGUUAUUUUUGUUACUGUUAAUGGAAAAGGAUUGACACUGGUGGAUCUCAGAAUGCCUCUACCCUUGCAUUUUAUUUAUGACCUACAUGGCUCUACCAUAAGGGACAUAUGCUUUUUGCCAUCCUCGUGGCCAUGGCAAAAUUCAAUAUUGACUUGUGGCAUCGAUGGCACGUGUAAAGUAUCAUCUCCCGAUGGACGGGUAAUGCAUUCCUUCCAGACUGGACACAGUGUCAACACUGUUUGUGUCACACCCGAGCCUUUCAGCCAAACUGCUGAAGAUGGAUAUUACAGUUUAAUGAUGAGCGGUGGAGAUCUCGUAUCCGCCUACGUACCGAACUCUGGUAUUCAGCAAUUGCUCAAGGAACACAACAAUUCUCCCGUGUGGAAGCUGCGUUACACUUCCAAUGGAAGUACUUUGUUUUCUGUCUGUGACGGAGGAAUUCUGAGGCGUUACAGGAGAUACCCUGACCAUCACGAGCAUCUCGGUGAGAUUUAUCGUCACAAGGGGGACAUACAGGACCUUGACGUCUCGCCGUGGGACGAAUAUGUCAUCACUGCUUCCAAAGAUCGCAGUGUGGGAAUUCUCCUGCUGGGCUCGCCGAAUCACGGCUUCACAGAGUACACUGAACUCACCUGAUGUCCAAAAACAAUGAAUUCCGUCCCAUCCACCGAUGUCGGCCUAACUCGCCCGGAAUUAAUAUUAAAAAUAUUAUUCAUGUUGAAUAUUAAUUUUUGUAACUUGAUAUUAAAGAUAAGACGUUGUCAUCUAA